AACCUCGCGGCAGCCAUGACAGUCGGCGGACGUGCUUGCGCGAGAUGCUGUGACGUCACCAACGGCUCGAACGGGGCGGGGCUCGUAAACAGAGGAAUCGAAAUAAAGGAUCGUGCAGAAAUUCAAAUUGGUGACUAUCUCUCUUCUCGCCUCAAAGUCCACGGUCAACCCCCCGCAAUGCCGAUUCGCCGAGCAACAGCGACUCCGACUUUGGAGAAGCAGUCCUUCUCGGCUACAGCAGAGACAGAUUCCGCAGAGACUCCUGACGAGUCCCUGUCCGCCGACGGCGAGCAGCCUGCAUCCUCCGCCAAGACCGCUGAUGCCGGCGAGUCCAAGGGGAGCGAUGGCGAGCCGGCGGAGAAUGGCGAAAAGGCGGACGACGAGGCCGCCGAGGAGGGACCAGAAAAAAAAGAUUUGUCUUCCCUGUCGGUGACAAACGGAAGUGACAAAUGCAAGGACUGCGUGGCUGGCCAGUGCGCAACACACUGCUAUGUUCCCCUACUAAGGUUGAAGGACGGCUACAAGUACAAGAAGGGCAAAGUCAAGAAGGUGAAGAGGACCAUCCCGGCAUGGGCAAGCGUCGCCAGUAGGAAAAAGCUCCCCGUUUCUAACUACGCCGGCACUCAGAAUAGACUGGAUCACCUCCUUAUCGAAGCCAUCACGUCCUACAAUCACAGAUCUGGCGUGUCCUACCAGUCGGUCAUGAAGUACAUUGUGAAAAAGUGCCCUGACAUGGAGCUGGACAAGAAGAAGUUUCACAUCAAGAAAGCAAUGAAGAAGCACCUGGAGAAGGGGACGAUCAAGCAGCUGAAAGGCAAAGGCCUCUCGGGAACCUUCGCCCUCGGGAAGCAGCCUCCCGCGUCAAAGAAGGCUGGUGCCAAGCAGGAGCUCCUAGGAGACGCUCUGCCGCUCAUCAUCACACGUCUGUGCGAGCCCAAGGAGGCUUCUUACAACCUGAUCAAGAAAUACCUGGAGAAGCACUUCCCCAGUCUCAACAUUGACAACAGGCCCGAAGUCCUGAAGUCGGCCCUGCUGAAGGCGGUUGAGCGUGGACAACUGGAGCAGAUCACUGGGAAAGGAGCCACUGGGACCUUCCAGCUCAAGCGCACAGGCAACCAGGUGCUGCUGAAGGGCGGCGCCCUGGAAGACGCCAUCUUGGCGGCCAUCACGGCCAUGAACGAGCCCAAGACGUGCAGCACCACCACGCUGCGCAGGCACCUGCUGGACGUCAACAAGGACACCAAGGAGUACCAUCUGGUGGCCAACCUGAGGAGGACUCUGACGAAGUGUAAAGUCCUGGGCUGGAUGGAGCAGAUCACAGGUCACGGCCUCAAGGGCACUUACCGGCUCUCCUUCCCCUUUUACCCAAGCCCGAGCACUCUGUACCCGGACAAAUUCAACAAAGCAGCUCAGAAGUCCAGUCAGCCCGCCGCCAAGUCCAGGCGGAGAGCUGCGUCUUCUGACGACGAAGAAUCUGAGGAGGAAGAGGAGGAGGAGGAGGAGUCUGAGGAAGAAGCUCCAGUCCGCAAGAGGACCUCCGUCAAGAGGGCCCCGCCCAAGGUUCGCCAAGCCCCCUCAGCCGGCAAGUCUGGCAACAAAAGAGGACGGGGACGUCCGCUCGCCAAAAAGUCCCCUGCCAAGAAAGCAGCCGCGCCCGCCAAGAGGCCGAAGACGCCAGUCGUGAAAAAGAUGACUAAGCGAGCGACCAAGCGAGCUGCCACCCCAGAGGACUCUCCCGACGAAUCGGAGGAAGAGGAGGAGGCCCCAAAGGGCGGGGCCAAGCGUUCCAAGGUCGAGGAGCCGUCGGCCAAGCGGCCCGCCGGCAGGAAAGCCAAGAAGGGUGGGGCUAAGCGAUCGAAGCAGGCGGAAGCCACCCCCAAGGGGCCCGUCGGGAAGAAAGCUGUUAGCAAAGUCCGACGCUCCAAGGCCGACGACGAGAGUGACGAGCCUGUCACCAAGAAGGUGUCGCCGAGCAAGAAUCGCUCCACUCGCAAGUCAAAGAGAGCCAAGAACUGAGACCAGGACCUCGAGUCCGUCAGUGUUCUGGCACUUUUUAUUGUGUUCCCCUUUUUAACGGGGCAGUAGUUUUUGUUUAGAAGGUGCUCACCACCAGUUUCCUGUAAAUGACCUUGGUUUUUAACACUAGUGUCAUGUCCGCCAUCUUGUAACCUUUUUCUUUGGUUGCCACGUUGUUGUCAUGGUCACGUAGCGCUGACUCCACACUAUUUAUCCCCAUCUUUUUUGAUACCCGUGUAAACCAGUGGCAUAGAAAGCAGUUUCAAUGCUUCGCAGCUCAGUGUUGUGGAUCAGAGGAACAAGCAAAGCAGCUUGCGUUAGCGCCGCCAACCUUGCAUGCAUGUUGUGUUGGUCUCCUUGUGUUUCUCGCCUUCGCCCUCACGCCGUUAAUAAAUCAUGGCCCUUUGUACACAA